GAGGCCAGGGAUUGAACCUGCGUCCUCAUGGAUGCUAGUCAGGUUUGUUACCACUGAGCCACAAUGGGAACUCCUGGGAUGCAUUUUAAAUGUUUGAUUUAACAAGGAAAUUGUGGUGUCGAUGAACUCUUCUUUCUUGUACCCCUGUGACUACAUGUGUGCCGUUAUUUGGGGACAUGAUGACUCUUAAACCCCAUACAACUGCUGCAAAGGGUCCAACCUUUGCCUUCCUAAGUGAUGCAUAGCUCAGAAACCAACCUUCAUUCCAUUCCUGAUCAUCAGGGUUGCACCUUAUACCACAUCAUUUUUGUGUCAUUUGGGGCUUUAAAAUCAAUGAUGCAUUUUUGCAUCAUUUUGGGGUUUUAAAAUCAAUAUAUAAACAAAAUCUGGAGUUCCCACCAUGGUGCAGUGGGUUAAGAAUUAGACCAGUGGCUUGGGUUGCCACGGAGGUGCAGGUUUGAUCUCCAGCACAGUGGGUUCUGAGGCUCAAAUUCAGUCCCUGGCCUGGGAACCUAUUAAAAAAGAAAGAAAGAAAACCAAUAUGUAUUACUUUUACAAUAAGAGAAGAUAUUUUGUAAAAAGCAUUUUGUAAUUAGCCUAGCUUCUAAGCAAAUAUCAGUCCUGUCCUCCCAGCCAUUAUGAUAAAGGAGCUUUGUCAUAUUUGAAUAUAAUACAUAAUCUGUUAUUAAGAGAAUUGGAAAAACCUGUUGGGAAGAUCAUGAAAGCAUUCCUGCGUUAAUCUGCAAUUGAAAAUAAAAGAUCCCACUGCGACCCACACUCUCCCUCACCCACCAGUAUAUUGAAUUUUAAGGGAGAAAUCUGAGACUUUGAGAGGCUUAACCAUUCAAGUUCAAGGUGAAUUUCCAGGCCAUAAACUUCCCACUGAGAAACAUACUGUAACUGUGCUUUCUGAGGAGAACCAAGUUCUGGGACAACCUACACAGCCUCCUGAGCAGGAUAGGAAAGGAGGGAGAGGAAGCCAGCUUCCCAGAAUUGGGGGUGGUGGGUGGCUUUGACCUGUCAGAGGUGGCACAGUGAUGGGGUCAGAAUAGUCUCCAACUAGCUCAGCAAAUGAGAGCUUCGUUUGCAAUAUGGUAACCUUAAGCAAGAGACUUUAUGUAAGUUACAAAGUACUAUAUACACCAUUUACCUUGAUUGUUAAAUCUAGUUGGAGGGUAAGUGGGUUUCAUUUUACUGUUUAAUUUUGCAUGUAUUUAAACAUUUUCUAAUUUUAAAAAUUGGGGAAAAAAUUGUUCUAGCGAUAUUUAUGGGGACCCUACUAGGAGGCUGGCCUUGAGCAUGCAGUCCUGACCACCAAAGGCAACUGCUCUCCCUUCCCCUUGCCCUUUGAAGUUCGAUUUACUUGAUCCUUCCCCAACUCUGAGCCCCUUCCUUCUCACUUCAGGCAGAGGUGACCCCGGUCCUGCAGUAUUCCUAUUCAGCCUCGCUCCGAAACUGUUCUUGAGUUUGGAAACUGCACGGAGUGGUGGGGACAUAUGGGAUUCCAAAAUCUAGGACCUGUGCGACCUGGGGAAGUCACUCGACUUAUCUGAACUUGUUUUCCUGUCUGUCAAAGGGGUCGUUUAGGGAAUUCAAUGAGAUAAUGUUUGCAAACUUUUCCAGCACCGUUACAGAAGUGCCUGCUUCAUUCUUUGGUGUUCCACCGCCUGGCACGUCGUGAGCGGGAACCGUGGAGGUGGACGGGAGAUCCCUGCCCUAGCAUGGCCAUCACCUCCAGGACUCCUUCUGCCCAAGCCCCGCACUUAGGGCAGGAACGGUGUAUCUGCGGGAAGGACAGCCCGAGGAUAAAGGGGAAGGUCAGCUCAGGACACCCACAGGGGAGCAGGCGCUGGGGUCGAGUCCGGUCCCGCGCGCUAUCUUUCCGGGACUACGCAAACCUGCAGGAGGACCAGCGACCCCUGGGACGCGGGACUCGCCGCCGCCCCACCACCGGGGUCUGCACCUGCCGCCUCCGCAAUUGUGCGGACGUCUAGCUGAACUACAUCUCCCAGAGGGCCGCGGGAGUCCUCGGAGCCAAUCUGAGGAGGGGUGGGCGGGCACUCUGGCACCUACGUCUCCCGAAGGGUGCCUGGAUUGACGCCCCCCCGCGGCCUAUAGCUGCUUCUCGCCGGGGCAGCUGCUGGCCCACUGCGCCGGGAGAGCGGCGGUGGCUGCUGGUGUACUCGGCCCGCUAGGGGAUGUGGAGUCAGUGCGGCUGGCGGCGGCCCGGGGCUCGCGGGCUGAGGCGCUGGGAGUGCACUGGGGACCUGGAUCCCCAGAGCCUUUCGCCCUUCAGGAACCUGCAGAUGCCGUUCACUCGUAUUUACGGCAGGCGAAUCCUUUCUUCUGAUUGGUCACCGGUGAAUGUGUGGCGAGACCUGACCCAAUGGGCGCUACAGUUCUCGAACGUGACCGGGAAGUUGAUCCUGAGCAGGCGCCAUUGGCUGUUGACGCCUGACGCGCGCUGAGACUUCCGGCGUGGGAGCAGAGCUCGGAGUCCGACGCCGGCCAUCCGUGCCUGGGGCCCGGGGCGCCUUCCUAGGCGGGCGCAGCUGAUUUCGGGGCCAAGGCUGACCGGGGACCUGAAGAUGGCGUUGGGUCCGGCCUUCCAGGACCGAGAAGGGCUCCUGAUAGUGAAACUGGAGGAGGACUGCGCCUGGAGCCAGGAGCUGCCCCCGCCAGACCCACGGCCCAGCCCGGAGGCCUCCCACCUGCGCUUCAGAAGAUUCCGCUUCCAAGAGGCCUCUGGGCCCCGGGAAGCCCUCAGCCGGCUCCAGGAGCUUUGCCAUGGGUGGCUGCGGCCUGAAAUGCGUACCAAGGAGCAGAUCCUGGAGCUGCUGGUGCUGGAGCAGUUCCUGACCAUCCUGCCCCAGGAGAUCCAGAGCAGGGUGCAGGAGCUGCAUCCAGAGAGCGGCGAGGAAGCGGUGACUCUUGUGGAAGAUAUGCAGAAAGAGCUUGGGAGGCUGAGGAAAAAGGUCACAAACCAUGGGCGGGGAACAGAAGUGCUUUUGGAGGAGCCUUUACCUCUGGAAACAGCAGCAGAGUCACCGAGUUUCAAGCUGGAGCCAAUGGAGACUGAGCGAAGCCCUGGCCCCAGGCUGCAGGAGCUGCUAGGCCCCAGCCCCCAAAGGGACCCCCAGACUGUAAAGGAGAGGGCAUUAUCUGCUCCCUGGCUUUCUCUCUUUCCUCCCGGAGGAAACAUGGAAGACAAGGAGCUGACUGGGCCCCAGUUGCCUGAGAGCUUAGAGGACGUGGCUAUGUACAUCUCCCAGGAGGAGUGGGGGCAUCAGGACCCUAGUAAGAGGGCCCUCUCCAGGGACACGGUGCAGGAGAGUUAUGAGAAUGUGGACCCACUGGAGUCUCAGGUUCCCAGUCAGGAGGCCCUGAGCACCCAGGUGGAACAAGGAAGAAAACCAUGGGAUCCCAAUGUCCAGAUUUGCAAGGAGGGCCUGAGCCCCAGAAGCCCAGCUCCAGGAGAGGAGAAAUUUGAGAACCUGGAAGAAAGUGCUCAGUCCGUUUCCCUUGAGAACAUCCACACUCAGGCACUGCUGCCUGGCCAGGCCAGAGGGGAGGCGCCCUGGAGUCUGGAGCAGAGAAGGCCUCAGGACAGGGCAGAAGAGCAUCGAGGGCUUCCCCCGGAGGAUCGGAUGGAGCAGUCCUUCGUGGGGGCUGCAAGUUGCAGAGAACUGGGGCGACCAAAGGAACUGCAGCCGAAAAAGCUCCAUUUAUGUCCCUUGUGUGGCAAAAAUUUCUCUAACAACUCGAACCUAAUGAGGCACCAGCGAAUACAUGCAGCAGAAAGACUGUGUUUGGGCGUGGAGUGCGCUCAAAUCUUUGGUGGGAAUCCACACUUUUUAUCCCUACAUAAAGCACAUCUGGGAGAGGAGGCCCACAAGUGCCUGGAGUGCGGGAAAAGCUUCAGUCAGAACACGCACCUAACUCGCCAUCAGCGAACCCACACGGGCGAGAAGCCCUAUCAGUGUAACGUGUGUGGAAAAAGCUUCUCUUGCAACUCCAACCUCCAUAGGCACCAGAGGACACACACGGGGGAAAAGCCCUACAAGUGCCCCGAGUGCGGGGAGAUCUUCGCUCACAGUUCCAACCUCCUUCGGCACCAGAGAAUCCAUACUGGAGAGAGGCCUUACAAGUGUGCCGAGUGCGGGAAGAGUUUCUCCCGCAGCUCACACCUCGUCAUACACGAGAGAACGCAUGAGAAGGAGCGGCUGUGCCCCUUUUCUGAGGGCGGGCAGGCAGUGAGCGACAGCAGCCUCUUUCUUACAAAUCACGGGACCCACAAGGCAGAGAAGAAGCUCUUUGAGUGUCUGACGUGUGGGAAAAGCUUCCGGCAGAGCAUGCACCUCACCCGGCACCAGAGGACGCACACCGGAGAGAAGCCGUACCAGUGUACCCUCUGUGGGGAAAACUUCUCCCACAGAUCCAACUUAAUCAGGCACCAGAGAAUCCACACGGGAGAGAAGCCCUACACCUGUCAGGAGUGUGGAGACAGUUUCUCCCACAGCUCCAACCGGAUCCGUCACCUGAGAACCCACACGGGAGAGAGACCCUAUAAAUGUUCUCAAUGCGGAGAAAGCUUUUCGAGGAGUUCUCGCCUCCUGAGUCAUCAGAGGACUCACACGGGGUAGAAGGACGGGUUUCUUUGGGGCCCAGAUAAGGUGGCAUGUUCCCAAGGUCCCGUGAGAAGGGGCUGGUCUUUUGGACCCUGCCGACCCGCCCAUCUGCAUCUUCAGGCAUCUCGAGGGUCACUGCUGUGAAGAGGAAGCCGGGAGGGUGGUUGUGAGGGGGUGGGGCACGGGCAGCACAGGAUGAGCGAGGCUCUGCAAAGGGUUUCUGUCUGCGCGAGUGAGGAGGGUGGACUUCACCCGCUCCCUCAGCGUGUUUAGCCGGCCAGUGACUUGGGUGCCUUACCCUGUCCAGUGUCUGUCCCAACAGCUUUGGGAUCCGCAGACUUGCUGUUACUGCUUCCUCCCUUGGGACAUUCGGCAGGAACAUUUGGGUUCUUGAGGCCCUGAGACCAAAGGAGAGGGGCCAGGGCUCCUGGGAAUCCAGCCAGGGGCACCAGAAGACGGCCAGUGAGUUGCAGCUCUCCUGAAGGCUGGCUGGGAAGCCGUGGGAAGUCCGGGGGCCCCCCACAGUGUCCCCACUGGCCUGACAGGGGGCUCUCAAACAAAAAGGAACCAGAGACCUAAAGGAAAGAGCGCGAUGGAAUUUGGAGGUCAGCCCAGGACCUGGCAGAGGAACCUGUGUCUGGAUUGGUUUACCCUUUGCAGAGAUGGCGUCUUCAGAGGGUUCUGUGAAUGAUGGGGUCCCCGGGAUCCUGGGGGUGUUGAGAAUCGUGCUGUUCCCUGUGGAAAACACAGCUGGAUGGUAAUAAACCUGUUUGGGAAACAUGAA